UUUGUGGGCACUUAUAUCAUCAGGUUAACGUUUUUCGCAGUUUUCUCGGUAAUAUUUAUAUGCAUUGUGUAUUACAUGGUUGGUUUGACUUCCGGCCCCCAAGAAUUCUUUAUAUGUAUAGGCUUGGCUGCGGUACUUAUGAUAAGCGCCGGUAGUUUCGGGUUUGUCAUAGCGAGUAUGUGUGAAGACUUUCAGACCGCCAGUGCCAUUCUGGGCUCAUGUAUCACACCAUUGAAUAUAUUAGGCGGUUUCUACAUCAAUGCCCUUGGACUAAAGUCGUGGUGCGGUUGGAUUAGAUACCUAUCAUUCUCGUACUACGGAUACCAAUCGCUGAUUGUGAACGAGUGGCGAAAUAUUGAUAAUAUUACCCAGAAUAGUGACAUGGUCAGUAACAGUUACACGAGUGGGAUCGGUGUCAUUGAAUCCUAUGGUUUCAAAGUGGACGCCCUAAUGUGGUGUCCCUUUGCACUCAUGGCUUUAUGCGGUCUAUACGCCACCUUUGCUUACAUUGGUUUACGAAUUAAAGUAGGAGAUGUCAUACAAUCGGUGUCCUUGUCAUGGCUUAACAUACAUGUGAUGACAAAACCACAGAAGUCUAUAUAUAAUCUGUACAAAACUAACCAAGCUCCCAAAGAAGUCUUAAGAAACGUAUCCGGUGAAGCAAAGGCGGGACAAUUAUUGGUAGGAGAUGUCAUACAAUCGGUGUCCUUGUCAUGGCUUAACAUACAUGUGAUGACAAAACCACAGAAGUCUAUAUAUAAUCUGUAUAAAACUAACCAAGCUCCCAAAGAAGUCUUAAGAAACGUAUCCGGUGAAGCAAAGGCGGGACAAUUAUUGGUUAUAAUGGGUGCAAGUGGCGCCGGUAAGACCACUCUAUUGAAUGUAUUGACCGCAAGGGAUAUGUCAAAAGUGUCAGUCAAAGGGGUGAUCCUACUAAAUGGACAGGUAGUGAAAGCGUCAAAAAUUGCAUCCAUUUCCUCGUAUAUACAGCAACAAGAUAUGUUUCAGCCAUUGAUUACAGUCCGGGAGCAUUUAAUAUUUCAAUUCAAUCUCACGAAAUGUAUGAACACUAGAAUUGGGGGUAAAUUUACUUUUAAAGGCAUAUCCGGUGGAGAAAAGAAAAGACUGGCCUUUGCUUCAGAG